GACAAUAAUAUGACAUUCAUCAGUUGUCAUCAUCACUAUUUACUUUUAAUAAAAGCAUGAAAAUAUUUUUAUUCUAGUCUCCACAAUUUAUCUAUCUGAGUGUGAAGAACUGAAAACUUUUCUAACAUCCUGUAAUGUUUUGCAGAGUAAUUAUAUAAUUUGUAGGGUCGUGACGAAAACAUUUGGAUUUUUCAAAAUGGAUAGCAUAAAGUCAUGGACGGCGGAGGAUGAGGCAAUAAUUGCGACGAAUAUUGAUGCUACGGAGUGUAAGCGGUGCGCUGUGGAGCUCGGCUACUGGAAGGACGAUUACAUAUCGUAUUUUAUUCGGCAUGCUGACCGAAAGGCGCCCGAGAUCAACCGAGGGUACUACGCACGAGUCAGGGCUAUGGAGAUAUUCAUCCAUCAGUUCCUAGAGCGCUGUGGCACAAAAUGUCAGAUAAUUAACUUGGGCUGUGGUUUUGACACAUUGUUCUGGCGCCUUAAAGACACAACCAAUGCAGUAAGCAACUUUAUAGAACUGGACUUCCCAGCUGUUACAUCAAAAAAAUGCCAAAUAAUUAAGCGAAAUAAACAACUGCUUCAAAAAAUCGCAAACGAAGACGGCGAGGUGAUGAUCCGCGCGGGCGACCUGCACGCCGACGGCUACCACCUGGUGGGCUGCGACCUGCGCUGCCUCGGCUCCGUGCGGCGCGCGCUGACGGCCGCCGGCGCCGCCGACGCGCUGCCCGCGCUGCUGCUGGCCGAGUGCGUGCUGGUGUACCUGCGCGGCGACGCGGCCGACGCGCUGCUGGCGCACCUGGCGGCCGCCUUCCCGCGCGCCGCGCUGCUGGUGUACGAGCAGUGCGGCCUGGGCGACAAGUUCGGCGAGGUCAUGGUGCGCAACCUGGCGGCGCGCGGCUGCGUGGUGGCGGGCGGGCGCCUGCGCGCGGCGCCGGCCGAGCAGGCGGCGCGGCUGGUGGCGCUGGGCUGGGACGCGGCGCGCGCGUGGGACAUGACGGCCGUGUGGCGCUCGUUCCCCGACGAGGACCGCGCGCGCGUGGAGGCGCUGGAGCCGCUGGACGAGCGCGAGCUGCUGCAGCAGCUGCACGCGCACUACGCGCUCACCGUGGCCACGCGCGGCGACAUCUUCGCCGACAUGGACCUGAACGCGUAGGCGCCGCUGCCGCGUUAUAUCGAAAUUAAAGUAUUACUAAAAUUGAUAUAGUUCAGAGUUCAGAGCGUCAAUAGACAACGUUUGUGUCCUCGGCGCGAAAUACUAGCAGUAUCUAUAUUAUUUCUGUACAAUCGUCGUAAUUUAUUAACUGUAAAUUAGUAUUCACGCCCAAGUGUGUAUUGUGUACCAAUAUCAAUGGUAAAAACGAGCAGCCAGUUUGUAAAACAGGAAGCUUUGAUGUAAAAAUACUUAUAUUGAAAUAAACUCCUAUAUUAUGAAUGUA